UUUCAGUUCGUGAUGUUUGAACAGAAUGGUCCAAAAAUGAGGAUGUGUAAAGAAAGUGCUCUCUUUUAUACGUUUUUAAUACUAUCUGUUGGAGGAAAUUCUGUUCUCGCCCUUCAGGAUGUAACGGUCGAUUUAUUUGGGUCUGAAUCUUAUGGAACUGUCGCUGCAUUUGGGGAUUUUAACUCUGACAAACAGACUGAUAUUUUCAUCAUCAGAAAACAGUCUGAGCUUGUCAUUUUCCUGGCCGAUCUGAAAGCACCCUACUUUAAACCAAAAGUACACAUACCGAAAGAACAGUUCCCAAGGGACUUCACCAUUAGCAGCGUGGUUCCAGGAGACUAUGAUGGAGAUUCCAAAAUGGACGUCCUUAUCACUGCACAUCCAAACGACAAGGGUAUCUCGGAGACCUCAGUCAUCGUUUUCUGGGGAAAUAAUCAAACUCUAGAUGCUGGAGAAAGAAUUGAGCUGAAUAGGACAUUUACUGAUGAGCCACUGGUUAUGGACUUUAAUGGUGACAUGGUUCCUGACAUAUUUGGCGUCAUCGAUGGCGUAACUCAAGUGUGCUAUCUCAAAGAAAGGAAAAUGGUGUGGCAGCCAGGUCUGGGGUCAAACGUUAAGAUGCACAUCCCCCACUCGAACGCCUUCAUUGACCUCAACCAGGACUUUACUGCUGAUCUGUUCCUCACCACGUCGGACUCCGACGCUUCUGCCCUCGCACCCGUCACGUUCGAGACCUGGAUCAACAAGGAUGGCAACUUCACCAAAACCUCAGCUGGGAAGACCCUGGACAUCUUCAAGAUCGUGGGCCAGUCUGCUUUCAUAGACUUUGAUGGCGAUGGAAAGCAGGAUCAGCUGCUCCCGGUCUGUAUGGACACUGCAUGUCAGAGAAGCGCCAUCUACCUCUCCAAGGGUGGAGACAGCGAGUGGCUCCCCAUCCUGACGGAGUUCCAGAAGAAGGACACGGUUUGGGGCUUUGUGCCUCCCUCCGUGGGCGAGCUCCACGCCCCCAUCACCCUGCACCUGGGAGACUACAACCUGGACGGCUUCCCCGACGCCCUGGCCAUCCUGCGCAACACCAGCGGCAGCGGUCAGAGGGCCUUUCUGCUGGAGAACGUGGCCUGCACCAACUCCAGCUGCAGGGGGGCACGGCGAAUGUUCCGCGUGCUGUGGGACCUGUCCGACCUCGGCGCGGUCCAGGAGGCCGUGGUGGCCACCUUCUUCGACAUCUAUGAGGAUGGGGUGUUGGACAUGAUCGUGCUGAGCAGGGUCGGAGGGAAGAGCGAGCUGGCCAUCCGCGCGCUGAAGAACAACUUCGAGGCCGACGCCUACUUCGUCAAAGUGAUCGUGCUCAGUGGACUCUGCUCCAACGACUGCCCAGAGAAAGUGAAGCCCUUCGGAGUGAACCAGCCGGGGCCCUACGUCAUGUACACCACGGUGGACUCCAACGGCAACCUGAAGAACGCCUCCGCGGGCCAGCUCAGUCAGUCCGCCCACCUCUCCCUGCAGCUGCCCUACACUGUGCUGGGUCUGGGCCGCAGCGCCAACUUCCUGGACCACCUGUACGUGGGCAUCCCCCGCCCACCAGGGGACACGGACAUACGGAAACAGGAGUGGACAGCCAUCAUCCCAAACUCCCAGCUCAUAGUCAUCCCAUACCCCCACAAUGAGCCACGCAGCUGGAGUGCCAAGCUGUACCUGACUCCCAGCAACAUCGUCCUGCUGACCGCCAUCGCCCUCAUCGGCGUGUGUGUCUUCAUCCUCGUCAUCAUCGGGAUCCUGCACUGGAAGGAGAAGAAAGCCGAUGACCGGGAGAAAAGACAAGAAGCACACCGCUUCCAUUUCGACGCCAUGUGAAGGGGGAGGAAGGAGCACCUUCGAGACGCCACCACAGAGGCAUUGUGGGAAAACGGGCGCCUUUGUCCUCCAUGUUUUAUACAAGCUUUUAUCCCAAUACCUUUUAUUUAUUUUCACCGUUGAUCUCUGGAAGACAAUAUGUUCACAUGAUGUGUUUGCAGAAAUGGUCAGUUUUCCUUCCCGCAAGAAAUAUAACCCGUCAGUGUGUUUGCAGGGUGUGGCUUAUGCUUUGGAGAGAGAUUGAAAUACCCCUCCUCAUCCACUGAUUGGUUAGCCAAGUUUUUAUGGCUAGCAGCAAAAAUGCUGCCAAGUUCUAUCUUCCUUAGCUUUCUUUCCACCGCACAGCAGCUGUGGGUUAGUCCCUGUGAAAUGAACCGACACAGAUUCCUUUCUCCAUCUCCCUGUAGCUCCAUGUUAAUGGUCACUCUCGUAUGCAGAAACAGCCGCUAAUUUCCCCCCCAGCAGAAGAACGUGCCGCAAGGAUAAUGGCACACUUGGAGAGUCCGCCUGUCAUUUCUAUAACCGAUGAGAGUCUAAGGGCCUGCUAUUAAUUCCUCUAAUCUCAUUUGUCGACGCUUGCCGCCAUUUUUAUUUAUGUUUCAGGCAUUCGAAUACACUGAUAUGACCUGAAUGUUUACGUUGAACUGAACAGCAGAGCUUAUUUUUGCACUAAGUGGAGGCUUUUUGCUGUAAUUUUAUGUAUUUGUUUCUUUGAUGUGGAGAGAUAUUUCCAUUCCUGUCUAGAUUUGCAGGCUGUUUAUGAAGUAACACAAAUAGAUUUUUUCACAUCACACCUGCUUCCACAUCUGAUCUGACGUUGUGUACCGGUGAGGCAUGCCGAGUACUAUACUCAGCGUCACACUGAGUGUUGUUCCGUCUCCAGCCUAGUCCACAGCCCUGGGUCCAACGCUCUUUUUCUGUCUGCUUUGCGUCAGGCACGUUUUCCCAGAGCCCUGCAUCCUGAUAUUUACUGACGUCAUUCCCACGCCAAGCUCCGCCCCUCUGUGCACGACCACAAUGUGAUGACAUCACAAUAGUCUGACCCAGGGCUUAUCAUUCCUCUCUCAUACAGUCUGCAUCCGCACUGCUGCCAGUCAAACAGCCACAUCGCCCAUAACGGCACCCGUACCACACAUAGCCCAUAGCCCAUACCACUGAUACCACACAUAGCCCAUUCUCCCACUGAUACCACACAUAGCCCAUUCCCCCACUGAUACCACACAUAGCCCAUUCCCGCACUGAUACCACACAUAGCCCAUUCCCCCACUGAUACCACACAUAGCCCAUUCUGGCACUGAUACCACACUUAGCCCAUUCCCCCACUGAUACCACACAUAGCCCAUUCUGGCACUGAUACCACACACAGGUCGGUAGCCUGUGACCAGUUUGAAGCCAGUCACAGCCCACCUAAUGGAAACUGUACUACUGAACAUUUGUGUUGUUGUUGUUGUUCUUGCAAAUACUGGAGCUGGAAAAUCGAGUUUGUGUUUAAUUACGUUGAAACAUGGUAUGCAAUAGUUUUUCGGUGCCAACAGCUUUCCAUUUGUAUUGCUUUAAUGGUAUUUGCCAACUGAGAAGUCUAACAACUGUUGUGAACGGUAUUCAGCACUGGAAAGUUCUUGUGAUUUUCUUUUCUGCUUUAUUUAUUUUAUUUUCUGAUUUUGUUUUGCACUUGUGUGUCAUUAUUGACAGGAUCGCAGAUAUGCUAAUGACACUGAUACAGUAGAUUUGAGAGUGGCUAUUCAACACUUUGUAGUUACAGCACAGGGAUAUAUUCUGUCAUAUCGUUGAAUCUAGUGGUGAAUUGUGAUUGCAUGUGAUAAAGAAGCAGGCCUCAUGGGCUAGUGCAGACCGUGAGUAUUAGCAUUACAGGAGGCUAGCAGAUUGUAGCAGCCUACGUUGGUUGGACACCUGCUGUCUGCCUGUGCCAGCUGUGUUAGUUGUAGUCACAAUAUAAAAGAUUGUUGGCUACUAUUCUUUUUCCAGAGAUGUCCAACAUUGACAAAGCAUCCUUCAAGCAGUGACCUACAAAUACAGUUGAAAAUGAGUGGAAAAAAUGGAGUACAUAAGGUUACUGCAUAUGAGCUAACAAGGGUGCUGAUACGAUUCGAAAGAACCUAAAUGAAAGCAUUCCUUCUGGGUCUGCAUCUAAUUUCGAAUCUGACCAUUUUAGGUAAAGGUAAAACUAAAGUGAGGACAGUUUUUUUUGUAACACUUGUUACCAUAGUUCACAUCAUGUUCCUGUGACUAUUUGGGAUAAUAAAUAAACUAAACCAUCCUCCAUACUCCACUUGGCCGGUGGCAUGUAGUAGUGCACAUUAUUUGUCAUUUGCAAUGGCAUUUUGCUUGUGUUGAUGUUAAUUUAAUUUCUGUAUUGAUUCCUUGGUGUAGAAAUGAAAAUGAUGGCCGUUGAAAUUGUGUCUUAACUGGUUUUGCUCUUGUUAUUGGAAUGUUUUGUUUGACAAUAAAUCAGAUGAUAAAGAA